CCGGAGCAGGAGCAGGAGUUCGACAUCUGCAACGACGAGGGCUUCGUCUACAAGGUCCCCAGCGGGCUCUACCCCGACGCCGCGCCCUCCUCCACCCAGGCGGCGGGGGCGGCGACGGGCCCCGACCCCGAGAUCGUCGGCCUGCGCCGCCGCCGCCGCGCGCUCCUCCGCCUCCGCGCCAAGCGCCUCCGCCAGCUCUCCCGCUGGGAGGCCCUCGCCUCCGAGCUCCUCGCCCCGCUCCCCGCUCCCCAGCCACCGGCUUCCCAAUCUCCUCCCGCUUCCCCGCAUCCCGUCGCCGCCACCGCCACCGCCGCCUCGGCUUCCGUCCUCGACGACCUCAUCGCGCAGGCCGAUGUGCAGGCGGAGCUUCUCAAGAAAGCAUCACAGCUGUGCGACGAGAUCAACGCGCUCUGCGACGCGCACGAGGCGGCCAUCGUGGAUCACAUAGCCGUGCUGCCGGUAUGGGGCAACCCGCGGGAGCUUGUGGCUUCGCUGUACAGUCCCGACCCUCACGAGCAGGCUGAACCCGGUGGCUUGGAUGAAGGGAAUGGAGGCUUCCAAAGUUUGAGUAGCCAACCGGGCAAAAGAGCUAUUGGAGUUGCUUCAGCGGCAGUUGAAAGGGUAAAAAUUAUUGGUGAUAAACGGAUUCAGAGCCCUUCCCCAUGCAAAAGAUGCUCCCACUUCGGUUGUGGUGGGAAGAACUGCUGUGAAACCCGUGCUGAACUAGGCGAUGAGCUUCUUCCACCCGUUCUCGCUGAGAACAGGAAGAAGAAAGGGGCAGCUAGUCCUUUAAGCUCCAAUAGUGUUGCAGCACAAGCCUCUAACAAACGAAAGAGUCAGAAGACAUCAGGGAAUAAAUCUAUGCCCUCAGGCACUCCCGGAUCAACAAUGAGAAGGAAGGCUGCUUCCAUUCCAAGAGCUCCAGACACAUCUCGUAGCCCGGGGCCUACAACCAGGAGAAGGGCAGCAGCACAGCAUGCAUCACCACGCUCAUGACCAGCUCUUAUAUAUGUUUGUUGUAAACAGUGCGUUUUCUCGCAGCUUGAUUUAUGGUGUAAAUGUGGCCAUCCUGUGUUGUGCAAAGUUAGCACCCUGAUUUGCAGAUGCAACUGAGGUAGUGAGGUGUCCUGUUAUGUUAUGUAAUCUUAUUUCACUGUGAGGUUCUCUUUAGCUGUUAGUUGUCAUCGUGUGUGGGCCCAAAUUGCGAUUCGCUGUAACCACAUCUUGCUGGCAAUGCUGUUAACAAGUGCUUGACUUCCACUCCACCUGGAAAUACUGGUCGUGUAAGUGGCUGCCACUUUUCUGAAUUUACAGUACAUGAGCAUGCAUCCUC